CUGUUGUAGUUUCGUUGUGGCCGUAGUUCGACACCAUCAGUCGCGUACGAGAUGUUUUAUCAAAACUAAAGCAUAAAGUUUUUAUUAGAAUUUAAUUUGGGUCGAAUUUAUUCACUGCGGCUGAUAUAUAAUCGCAAAUAAAACAUACUCAGUUAAGUGUCACGCAGUUUCGCGCGGUAUUCACGGUGGGACCAGUUUUGUGUGAUAGUUGCUCGUUAGCUUAGCCACCCCGUCAGUGCUAAUCAGCUCGCUGUUUCGUGAGACUUCUCUAUCUGCGUUUUUAACGCAGGAAACAAAAUGGGCACACGGUUACUCACUUAACAGUUGUUCUGAACAACCCCAUAUCUAUGUCCUGGGUGUCAGAGGCUCCAGCUCAUUACCACCAUUGCCUUUACUGCAGAUAUGCUGACCUAGGAACAGCGCAGAGCCACUUCUGUGCAGAGUGACCUGAGCUGACUGUGACCCCGAUUCCUCCCAAACCCUAGUCCCCAUCUGCAAAAGGCCAUGUCGGACAACAUGCCCAACAACAAUGUGCCUCUUAACAAUAACAACAACCGCCUGCGGAACCCCAACAUCAACCAGAACCCCCUCAUCAAUGUUCGUGACCGCCUCUUUCAUGCCCUCUUCUUUAAGAUGGCUGUUACAUAUGCCAGACUCUUCCCUCCAUCCUUCAGGAGGGUGUUUGAGUUCUUUGUUCUUCUCAAGGCACUGUUCGUCCUGUUCAUCCUUGCCUACAUACACAUCGCCUUUUCACGAUCACCCAUCAACUGUCUGGAGGGAGUGAGGGAGCGCUGGCCUCGGGACGGCAUCCUCCGAGUGGAAAUCCAGAAGAAUUCAACCAGAGCACCGGUUUUUCUUCAGUACUACGACUCAAGCUUCCAGGAGGAGAUGGGGGCAGAGGAUACCGGAGGAGGUGUAGCCGGGCUGAGCCUGGCAGCACUGCAGGAGGACGAGGAGGAAGAGGAGGAGAUGACUCUGGAAAUGUUUGACAAUAGCUCUGUGCAUUUUGAGCUGGACCUUGAGCCUCGCCUGAAGCCCUCCCUGGUUGGUGGAGCUGUGGGGGCGGGAGGAGGGGGGCCUGCCGUGAACGAGAGCCAGGACGUCUCCUUCAGCCAGGCCACUAAAGUGUGGCCUCAGGAGGAGUACAUUGUGGAGUAUUCUCUGGAGUAUGGCUUCCUACGCCUGUCUCAAAGCACCAGACAAAGGCUAAACAUCCCUGUCAUGAUAGUCACUCUGGAUCCAAUGAAGGAUGACUGUUUUGGGGAUGGCUUUAGUCGCUUUUUGCUCGAUGAAUUUUUAGGCUACGAUGAUAUUUUGAUGUCCAGUGUCAAGGCUCUGGCAGAGAAUGAGGAAAACAAAGGAUUCUUGAGGAAUGUGGUUUCUGGUGAGCAUUACCGCUUUGUCAGCAUGUGGAUGGCAAGGACGUCAUACCUGGCUGCUUUUGUCAUCAUGGUAAUCUUUACUUUGUCUGUUUCGAUGCUACUUAGAUAUUCGCACCAUCAAAUAUUUGUCUUUAUUGGUCAGUUUCCUAAAACAUCACAUCAAGUGUCAGUUACGUUUGUCCUCAUUGGUAGUAGCUCACAAAAUAUUCUUUGCCUUUCAGUGGACCUUCUUCAGAUGUUAGAGAUGAACAUGACCAUCGCGUUCCCCGCUGCCCCUCUGCUCACAGUCAUUCUCGCUCUCGUUGGAAUGGAGGCCAUUAUGUCUGAGUUCUUUAAUGACACAACAACUGCCUUUUACAUCAUCCUCAUUGUCUGGUUAGCUGACCAAUAUGAUGCUAUCUGCUGCCACACUAACACUAGCAAACGCCAUUGGCUUAGGUUCUUUUAUUUAUACCACUUUGCCUUCUAUGCUUAUCACUAUCGCUUUAACGGCCAGUACAGCAGCCUGGCCCUGGUAACAUCCUGGCUCUUUAUCCAGCACUCCAUGAUCUACUUCUUCCAUCAUUAUGAACUUCCUGCCAUCCUCCAACAAAUCCGGAUCCAGGAGAUGCUUCUUCAGAACCAGCAGGCGGGUCAGAACCACCCCACAGCCCUGCAGGACAGCACAGCUGCUACAGCACAGCCCGGACCUGCUCCCGAGGCUGCUUCUCCCUCACCUGUGACCCCCAGCCCUGAGACCAGGGCUCAGACAGAGCUACAGACUACUGCCUCUGCACCAGCCCCCACCUCAAGCCCCACCACCUCUGAGGCCGCUGCCGGGGACGUCCGCUCUGAGCUCAACUGGGUGGCUCAGACCGCAGCCAUCAUCACUGAGGCUCUGUCUAACUCAGCCCAGCAGAGCAGCACUGUGCAUUACAGGGUCACCGAAGUGGGGUCUGCCUCCACGACAGGGGACAGUGGGACUCUGGGGGCAGGAGAGAUUAAUAUGGAAGUGUGGGUCGGAGGGGCAACACAAAGGAGUGAACCUGACAGCAGUACAGUAGGACAAGAUGUCACAACAGUAAAAAAUAAAAACUCAGUGAUGGAUGCUACAUCCACAGCCACAGCCCCACCGAGCCCCACCUUUGUCAGACAACCGCAGGAAGCACAAGUGGCCUCUGGAGGGAGCCCUAGUCCUUUACAAACAGACUGUACUAUUUUACAGACUUCAGGUACAGACUGGGACUCCAAAGCUGAGCAGAACUCCUCCACUGGCCCUUCAUGAAAACCCCUCACAUCAUCUCACUUAUCAGACUUUGUGCCUCAGCGAGUGAGCUUAUCAGAGGGUUCAAUAAUAAUUACCUGUUUUCUGAGAUUAGUUCUCAUUUUAAGUGAAUCCAAAGCGAGAAAACAGGAUUUUGUCUGGUUGGACCAUCGAUAAUAAGUAGACUAAAAUAAUAACCAGACAAGUUUAAAUCAAUAAAAUCUUUCUUGUUGCAUCACUAGUGUCCGGUCCCAGCUUCAAGUCAGUUCAGUUUUUCAUGCUCCGAAUGAAUUGACUAAAAUAUGAAGCAUGACUCUAAUAAUGAGACCAUAUAGCUGGUUGAGAUCAUUUUGCUUAGUUUAAUCUCCAGUAUGUUAAAUACAAACACAUGUGAAUGUUAAACAAGUUAGGUGUGUGUGUUUUGUACCAGACUGAACUGAAGCACAAGAAUAGAGAUUUUUUCAGAGUUUUAUUAUGAGAACCAAAUUCUCAGAAAAAGUACUUUGGCCAGGACACAAUGGUGAAUGACUGUCCUGUGCCAACAAAUGCCUUAUGAAUGUCCCCAAAUGGACUAUAUAAUGCACAGAUCUGCUUAACCUUACCUAAUACACUUUACCCUCCCUCCCACGAGGGGUGCUGUGCCCUUUUGCAGCGUUAGAAAACUGGCUUUAUUAAUGAUCCAAAUUCUGAAGUCACUAAAUCUGAACACUGGAUGUAUGGUGUGUUUUGCCUGAUUUUGGGGGUGUGGUAAAGAUUGCUGAUGCACACUUGGAAAGAUGACUGUGCCUCUGCAGCAAGAUUAAAGCUUAAUCAUCAAACUCUUCAAAUGUAUUUUAUUGUUCAGUAAAGUUGGCUCACAGCAGCUGUCUGCCCAAA